UCACUUAUCGUUAAGAUAACAUACCAUUUCUUUUGUCACCUGUUCUCUACCUUGCUUGCAAGGUGGUUGCAUGGAACAUGUGACAUGCGUUCUCACAUGUUCUAGAAGUUAUGCUGCUCCUGCACGCUGUUUGCAUUUUCGAGGCAUACACAAGCAACACCUCUAAAAACCAAAAUAUGUCGUGCUGUUUCAAUCACUUGCAUCAACCAUUAACACUGCUUCAUGUUUCUCUUUUUCUUAGGAGCUGCCGAAGAUGAAGAAGAAAUUGCCAAAGCAAUGGCAGAAUUGGUUGUCAGGUGCAUGAGGCAUGUCAUCCGCGAGGAAGUUGAGGCUCUGAGGCUGGAGUUCCUUGGUCACAUGGACAUCGCCGCAGGAGUAGCUAAUAAAAGAAAUUCUGACCAUCGUGGUAUCUCCUCAGAAAGCUCAAAGGCAGCCCUGCACCCAAGACAGCCACAGAUCCGGUCUGAUGAAUCCCGUGACAAUGCCGCAGAAGCUGGUCGGCGAGAACUACUAGAUCUUCAUGAGGAUGAUUUCCACAUAAUUUCUGCACUCAUCUCUGAAGGAACCCAAGCCAUUCUUGAAGAGCUAAAGGCGCUGCGGCUCCAUUUUAGGUGCUUGGACGUCGGCAAGGCAGACAGCAGGUGUGCCUAACUGCAGCGCGAGAAACCUGAAGGAUGAAGACUUCAAUCCAAUAAACAGUUCUUGUUGUUACGUCACU